CAGCGACAAGAAAACAAGGUCUUUUCCGCAGUAGAGAAAGAAUAUCGCGUAGUUUAUAACCAAAACCCUAAACCCACAGAGCCCCCAAUCUUACUGAUUAAUGGGCUCCCUAAAGAGAAAGCCGGAGGAAGAUGGCUCCGGAUCUCCCCCAUCCAAGGUAGCCAAGUCGGAGACCGACGAACAGAGGGUGUGUGUGCACGACGUGUCGUACCCUGAGGGUUACGUUCCUCCACCUCCGCCUCCGCCUCCAGAGGGUUCCGAACCCGCCAAGAAAUUCCCCUUCACUCUGGACCCUUUUCAAUCCGAAGCCAUCAAUUGCAUCGAAAAGGGCGAGUCCGUCAUGGUGUCUGCUCACACUUCUGCUGGCAAGACUGUGGUGGCAUCAUAUGCGAUUGCGUUGUGCUUGCGAAACAAGCAACGCGUGAUCUACACGGCGCCCAUCAAAGCUCUCAGCAACCAAAAGUACCGUGAGUUCAAAGAGGAGUUUUCCGAUGUCGGCUUGAUGACCGGAGAUGUCACCAUUGAGCCCAACGCUUCGUGCUUGGUGAUGACCACAGAGAUCUGGCGAAGCAUGCAGUACAAAGGAUCCGAGGUGACGCGAGAGGUGGCUUGGAUAAUCUUUGAUGAGGUGCAUUACAUGAGGGACCUCGAGAGAGGUGUGGUUUGGGAAGAGAGCAUUGUUAUGGCUCCUAAGAAUUCUCGCUUUGUCUUCCUCUCUGCAACUGUGCCCAAUGCUAAGGAGUUUGCUGAUUGGCUCGCCAAGGUUCAUCAACAGCCUUGCCACAUUGUCUACACUGAUUACAGGCCCACUCCUCUUCAGCAUUAUAUUUUCCCCUCCGGAGGGGAUGGUCUGUUCCUUGUAGUUGAUGACAAGGGAAAGUUUCGUGAGGACAGCUUUCAGCAAGCUCUGAAUGCACUUGUUCCUGCCUCUGACGCUGCUAAGAAGAAGGAAAAUGGCAAGUGGCAGAAGGGUCUGGUCAUCGGCAAGGCCGUUGAAGAAAGCGAUAUCUUCAAGAUGGUGAAAAUGAUUAUUCAGCGACAGUAUGAUCCUGUCAUACUUUUCUGCUUUAGCAAAAGGGAAUGUGAAUCACUUGCGAUGCAGAUGGCAAAGUUGGACCUAAAUGGGGACAGUGAGAAAGCAAACAUUGAAACCAUCUUCUGGAGUGCUAUGGAUAUGCUUUCAGACGAUGAUAAGAAGUUACCCCAGGUUACCAGUAUGUUUCCCCAUUUAAUCCGUGGAAUAGGUGUUCAUCAUUCUGGUUUGAUUCCCAUUCUGAAGGAAGUGAUUGAGAUAUUGUUUCAGGAAGGUCUUAUCAAGUGUUUAUUUGCGACAGAGACCUUCAGCAUAGGGUUGAACAUGCCUGCAAAAACUGUUGUGUUUACCAACGUCCGGAAAUUUGAUGGUAAUAAGUUCAGAUGGAUAACCAGUGGUGAGUAUAUACAAAUGAGUGGUCGUGCUGGUCGCCGUGGUAUUGAUAAACGUGGGGUAUGCAUACUUAUGGUAGAUGAGAAGCUGGAGCCAUCUACUGCUAAAAUGAUGCUUAAAGGAAAUGCCGAUAGUUUGAAUAGUGCCUUUCAUUUAAGCUACAACAUGCUUUUGAAUCAAUUGCGCUCCGAAGAUGGUAAUCCAGAAAAUUUGCUCCGUAACUCAUUCUAUCAGUUCCAAGCUGAUCGUGGCAUUCCCAACCUGGAGAAACAAGCAAAGGAGCUUGAGCAAGAGAGGGAUUCAAUUAUAAUUGAAGAAGAAGAUAGUGUAAAGAAUUAUUACAAUCUAGUACAGCAAUACAAGAGUUUAAAGCAAGAUCUUCGUGAGAUUGUGAUUUCUCCCAAGUUCUGCUUACCAUUUCUGAAACCUGGUAGGCUUGUGUCAAUCCAAUGCACCAAGAGUGAUGAAGCUUCCACUUUUUCUACCAAGGAUCAUGUCACAUGGGGAGUUAUACUUAAUUUUCAACUAGUGAAAACUGUUUCCGAAGACGAUGCAGUUAAGAAACCAGAAGAUUCAAACUACACAGUGGAUGUUUUAACAAGAUGUGUGGUCAGUACAAAUGGAGUUGCAAAAAAAACUCUCAAAAUUGUUCCUCUUAAAGAACCUGGAGAACCUGUCGUUGUUUCCGUUUCCAUAUCUCAGAUUAAUAGCAUGAGUCGACUUUGUAUGGUCAUUCCAAAUGAUCUUUUAUCAAUACAAGCUCGAGAAAACACACUGAAGAAAGUUCUUGAAACUCUUUCCAGAUUUGGAGACAAGAUUCCUCUUCUAGAUCCUGAAGAAGACAUGAAUAUUCAAAGUAGUUCAUACAAAAAAGUGGCUCGUAGGAUUGAGGCUUUAGAGAACCUGUUUGACAGGCAUGAAAUUGCAAAAACACCACUAAUUGAGCAAAAGCUGAAGGUUUAUCACAUGAAGCAGGAAUUGGGAGCUAAGAUAAAAUCAAUUAAGAGAACAAUGCGCUCCUCUACUGCAUUGGCUUUUAAAGAUGAACUUAAGGCACGAAAACGGGUUCUUCGGAGGCUAGGAUAUAUUACACGUGAUGAUGUUGUGGAGUUGAAGGGUAAGGUUGCUUGUGAAAUCAGUAGUGCAGAUGAGUUGACCCUCACAGAGCUCAUGUUUAAUGGUGUUUUUAAGGACAUAAAGGUAGAAGAGUUGGUAUCUCUUCUCUCAUGUUUUGUUUGGCGGGAAAAACUAAAAGAUGCUACAAAACCAAGAGAAGAACUUGACUUGCUCUUCUUGCAAUUACAAGAAACUGCUCGGAGGGUGGCUGAAGUUCAGCUUGAGUGCAAGGUUGAAAUUGACAUUGAUAGCUUUGUGAAUUCUUUUCGGCCUGAUAUUAUGGAGGCUGUAUAUGCUUGGGCAAAAGGGUCAAAGUUUUACGAGAUAAUGUCAGUUACAGGGGUUUUUGAGGGUAGUUUGAUCAGGGCAAUUAGGAGAUUGGAGGAAGUUCUUCAGCAACUUAUACAUGCAGCCAAUUCUAUUGGAGAAACUGAUCUUGAAUCAAAAUUUGAGGAGGCUGUUUUGAAAAUCAAGAGAGACAUCGUCUUUGCAGCUUCCCUAUACUUAUAAUUUUUGGCUGGGAUUUCAGUUCUGCUAGUGGAGGCAUUCUGUUAUCAAAGAGAUUGGUGGUGGCAUUAGCAAUCAAGUCCUGGAUUAAGAAUUCUACAGAAAAUUUUGGUUGAGAUAUAGAUGCUAUUUCCAUAGUGAAAUAUAAAUUACUUGGGUACUUGAAAAGGAUUCUUUAUUUUUGUAGUUUUCUUGUAAAAGAGCUUGUAAGCUUCAAUAUUUAUGUAAUAGUAGUUGGUCUGUUCAAUGUUUUGCUAAAUUUCAAUUUACAGGUCACUUGUUAACGUUAAUAGAAGUACUGUUCAAAUUAUGCCUUGGAUUACAGAAAGCACAGAACCUGAGAAAUUUUUUAUUACUUAGCAAC